UCAUCGAACUUUUAAUUAAUUCAUUUUAUUGAGUGAAUAGCGAAGUUGGUAUAAAAGCUCGUGACUUUCUUACUAUAGAUAUCACAAUUCGUUUACCUCUUCGCUUGCAAAGAAGUCCAAAACACAAAACUAUCAAAAUGUUCAAAUUGUUCGCUGUCUGCUUCUUGGCUCUCUUCGCUGUUGCCUUCGGUGCUGCUAAGCCCGGUUUGUUGGCUGCUCCAUUGGCUUACUCCGCUCCGUUAGCUGCUGCUCCUCUUGCUGCUGCCUAUGCCGCUCCAGUCGCCGCUGCUUACUCCGCUCCUCUGGCCUACACCGCCGGAUAUGCUGGUUACGUUGCACCCUACGCCAGCAGCUACAAUGCUCACUCGAUCGCCCACUCCGCCGCUUUCCCAGCUGCAUAUGCUGCUCCAGUAGUUGCCGCCUCAGCUCCAUUAGUCGCUGCUGCUCCAGCUGUCGCUGUCCUGCGCAAAUAGACUGCAUAUGUUGAAACUAUAAUUUUUGAGACUGUGAUGAAAUUAAAACUGAAAACACGAUAUACUAAAUAUAUAAAAUAACGUAAAGGAAAACUAGAA